AUGAAUUUCUUACGAAGAAGUAAUAGUUCUUAUUCUCUAUUUCAUUCCACUUCAUUACUAAUUGGUCCUUUUCGAAAUUUCAUUCGAAUUCAAGCUUUAAAUAAAACAUUAUCAUCAUCGAAUUCAUCAAAAGAUUCUGAACAUCAUGCCGUCGUUAGUACAUUCGAUCUUUUUAGUAUAGGUAUAGGUCCAUCAUCAAGCCAUACGGUUGGUCCAAUGCGAGCGGCCAAGAUUUUUAUAACAGAUUUAAAGAAUCAUAAAGUUACGAGAAUAAGAAUCGAUCUUUACGGUUCACUCGCUUUAACCGGAAAAGGUCACGGGACGCCCAAUGCUAUUAUAAUGGGAAUGGAAAAUGAAUCACCUGAAAGUAUUGAUACAACUACAAUAGCUAUGAGGAUAUCGAAAAUACAAGAAACUGAAAUUCUUAAUUUGGGUGGAACAAAACCAAUUCAAUUUAAUACCGAAAAUUGUUUAAUAUUUCAUUAUAAUGAAUCACUUCCUCAACACCCAAAUGGUAUGAGAUUUUUGGCAUUUGAUAAACACGGUGAUUUAUUAGUUUCCGGUGAAUUCUUUUCAAUUGGUGGAGGUUUUGUGAUAAAUGAAACAACAGUUCAAAAACAUGGAGAUAAUGCUUUUUACAAAAAUUAUAAUAAGUUAUCAGUUGAUUUACGUGUAAAAAAUCAAGAUGAAGCUGUUACAUUUGCCGCAUUACCAUUUCGUAACGCUGAAGAAUUAUUACAAGUUUGUAAAAAAGAAAAUAUUUCAAUAGCUCAAGUGGUUUAUCGAAAUGAACUUCAUUGGCGAAAUAAAUUUGAAAUUAAUAAGAAAUUAAUGGAUAUUUGGAAAACAAUGGAUCAAAGUAUAAAAAAUGGAUGUUUUAGUAAUGAAGAAUAUUUACCAGGAAAUUUAAAAAUACGAAGAAGAGCUCCCGAUUUAUUUAAAAAUUUAUUAAAUGAAACGAAUUAUUUAUCAAAUAGAAAUAAAAGUAAUCAAAGUGAAAAAGAAAUAAUUGGAGAAACAUUAAAAUUUCUUCCUCAAAAAAAGAAAAUUAGUUUACCUGCACUAGAUUUUCUUUCAUUAUAUGCAAUUGCAGUUAAUGAAGAAAAUGCAGCAGGUGGACGUGUAGUCACUGCUCCUACGAAUGGUGCAGCAGGUGUUAUUCCUGCUGUACUUAAAUAUUAUUUAGAAUUUAUUUCGAAUAAUUAUAGUAUUGAUAUUAUGGAAUUUUUAUUUACUAGUGCAGCAAUCGGUAUGCUUUACAAGAGAGGUGCAAGUAUAAGUGCAGCAGAGAUGGGAUGUCAAGGUGAAGUUGGUGUUGCAUGUAGCAUGAGUGCAGCAGGAUUAGCGGCAGUGAUGGGAGGAACACCAGAACAAGUGGAAAACGCGGCAGAAAUAGGAAUGGAACAUAAUUUAGGUUUAACUUGUGAUCCAAUUGAUGGUUUAGUGCAAAUACCAUGCGUAGAACGUAAUGCGUUAGGAGCUGUAAAAGCUGUUACUGCUGCUCAAUUAGCAUUGAAUGGUGAUGGAUAUCAUAGAGUAACUUUAGAUCAAGUAAUAGAAACCAUGCGUCAAACUGGUCUUGAUAUGAAAAAUAAAUAUAAAGAAACUAGUUUAGGUGGACUUGCUGUUAAUGUUCCCGUUUAUUCGAUAACAAAAACAAGAAACAUUGGAAUUAUAGCACACAUCGAUGCUGGGAAGACAACAACUACAGAAAGAAUGUUGCAUUAUGCUGGAUUUACAAGAAGAAUAGGUGAUGUGGAUGAUGGAGACACGGUAAUGGAUUACAUGAAACAAGAACGUGAAAGAGGAAUCACUAUAACUUCAGCUGCAAUUACAUUUGGUUGGAAAGAUCAUCGUAUAAACUUAAUAGAUACACCAGGUCAUGUAGAUUUUACAAUUGAGGUUGAACGCAGUAUACGUGUACUUGAUGGGGCAGUUACAAUAUUAGAUGCAGUUUCAGGAGUUGAAGCUCAAACUCAAACAGUUUGGGAUCAAGCUGAUCGUUACGAAAUACCCAGAAUUGCUUAUGUCAAUAAAAUGGAUAGAACAGGUGCAGGAUUUGGAAGAACAGUCAAUGAGAUGAGAUAUAAACUUGGUACUAUGCCAUUAGUUUGUCAAAUACCUAUAAUGAAAAAAGAUAAUAAAGGAAACACCGUAUUUUCUGGAGUAGUUGAUUUUCUUAAUAUGGAAGUAUUAGAUUGGGGUAAAGAUCCUAAUGGUUCUAUUAUUAAUAAGACACCAUUAUCAGAUAAAUAUCCAAUGUCAGGCUUAUUUGAAGAAACAUUAAAAGGAAGAGCAAGUUUAAUAGAAUCUCUAUCAGAUUUAGAUAGUGAAAUGUUAGAUACAUUUUUAGAGUUAGAAGAUCCUAUGAAAAUCACUGCCGAAACUAUUAAAAACACAUUAAGAAGAGUUGUUUUAAAAGGACAAGCAGUUCCCGUGUUUUGUGGUGCUUCUUUUCGCAAUAUUGGUGUACAACCUUUAAUGGAUGCAAUAAUUGACUAUUUACCUUCUCCUUUAGAUCGACCUGCACCUAUGGCUAGUUUAUCAAAUAACGAGUCAGUGAAAAUUGAUCUAAAAGAGAAUAAUAAGUUAUGUGCCCUUGCUUUUAAAGUCAUUUAUGAUUCUAAACGUGGAUUAAUGGUUUUUGUUCGGGUAUAUUCAGGUAGAAUUGAUAAUCGAAUGGUAUUAUUUAAUACUAAAACUCAAUGCAAAGAACGGGUAAAUAAAUUGGUACAAAUGUAUGCAGACGAUUUUGAAGAAAUUCCAUCAAUCACAGCUGGAAAUAUUUGUGCUAUAGUGGGACUUAAAAACACUAGAACAGGUGAUACUCUUAUUCGAUUUGACGACACAAGAAAAAAUCUUAAAUUGCAAAGUAUAGAAAUUCCUGCACCAGUGUUUUUUCAAGCUGUUGAAGCUGCUGGUAUAUCUGAUGAAAAACCUUUAGAUGAUGCACUCAAGAAUGUAUUAAGAGAAGAUCCUUCUCUUCACGUUUAUGUUGAUCCGGAUUCUGGACAAAAUUUAAUUAGCGGUAUGGGGGAACUUCAUUUGGAAAUUGUAAAAGAUCGUUUAUUAAAUGAUUUUAGAGUCAAUGCAAAACUAGGAAAAAUGCGUAUAUCAUAUAGAGAGACAGCUACUGUGGAAAAAACAGAUCAUACUUAUCUAUAUGAUCGAGAAGUAAUGGGAAAAAGAGUUAAAGCGCAAGUUUCUUUAACUAUUUCCCCUCUUCCUGAGAAUGAUCUUGGAUUAUCAGAAGAAGGAGGAAAUAGAAUAAUACUUGAACAAAUGAUUAUAACCGAUGAUUCCAUAGAUAUUAAAGAACAACAGGAAAAUGUUUCCUUGUUAUUACCAAAGACGGAAAUUGAAAAUGCGUUACGUUCAGGACUAAUGACAGGUUUGUACAGAGGUCCAAUUCUUGGAUUUCCAAUAACAAAACUAUUGAUUAAAGUGAAUUCAAUAAAAUUAUUUGGUGCCGAAUCAACAAAAGCGGCGAUUAGUUCAUGUGUAUCACAAGCUCUGGUAGAUGCAGUCAAAAAAGGAAAUCCAGCAUUACUUGAACCAUUAAUGAAGGUAGAUAUUGAAUUGACAGAGGAAUAUUUGGGAGAUGUUCUUGGCGAUUUAACAGGAACUCGUCGAGGAAUGAUUUUAGGAUUAGAUGCAGCUAAAAGUACAUUUGACAAAAUUGAUCAAAAUAUUAAUGUUUACGCUCCUCCAGAUCCUACAUAUAUUUCAUCCAGUGAACGUAGUGAACAUACAGUAUUAAAAUCGAAAAAAGUGAUACAUGCACAUGUUCCAUUAUCAACUAUGUUGGGAUAUUCUUCUGCUUUAAGAUCUUUAACUGGUGGAACUGCAUCUUUUGAUAUGAGAGUGCAUUCAAUUGGAUUGAUGAGUGAUGAUCAAGCUAAAAAUGUGAUUCGAGAAAUGCAAGGUGGAUACUGA